AUGCAAAAUGAUCUAGAUCACUCACAUGAAGAAAAUGAACGCAUGCAAAAUUCUAUGAAUCAAAUUACUCCCCUAGCUAAUCAACUAAAUGGUUUGAAUAAUAAGCUUAUCUCCCAAAUUACUUGCGAACGAAAGUCUCAUGCCGAUCUUAAUGCUAAGCAGUUAAAAGAAAUAGAAUCGCUAAAGUUUAUGACAAAAAUAAAUGAACUGGAGGUUGAGUUAGAACAAAUUGCGCAAAAAGUUUUAUUAAAGGAUUCUGAUACUAACCAGUUGUGUAGCAAUCCCUCUUUUGAGAUUAAAGCAAAGGAAUUGGAAAAUGAAUUGGAGAAAGUUACGCAAAAUUCAUCAUUUAAGGAUGGGUUAAUUUUCUGUCUCAGGUCUAGGGUAAGUAAUCUGAAAGAUGAACUAGAUCAGAUCAUUUCGCAACUGCAUCAGUCAAUUAAUGAUUCAAAAAUAGGUAAUGCAGAAGCAGAUCCAGUUUCAUCAUCCAAUGAUUAUAAGCGAGGUGAAGCAGUAGAAGAGGUAUCCCAUUUUUCUUCACACUGCUUAGAAUCUGAACCUGAUGAAAGAAAAGUAAAAGAUGAGAUAGGGACUUAA